AUGGCCGGGAUUGGUCCCUCUUCGAGCUACAAUGAGGCCCGCCACAAGAGGCAGUUGCGUGGAUGGCUGACCUACGCAUUUGCAAGUGAGGUCUUCGUCAUCGUGUCCUUGACACUAUUCCUACCCAUUUGUCUCGAGCAAUUCGCACGAGACAACGGAUACUUGUUGCCAGAAAAGACGCAGCCCUGCUCGUUAGCAAGUGCAAACUCUACAAGGAUAGCAAGUCCGCAGGAAGAGAAUCGCUGCGUAGUCAAGAUUGCCUGGUUAUGGAUCGACAGUGCUAGCUUCAGCUUAUAUGUGUAUUCGGCCUCAGUGGCUCUUCAAGCCCUCACGGUGAUCUCCAUGGGCAACAUUGCUGAUCAUCCACCGCAUCGCAAACGCCUGCUGUUGGGAUUCGCAGCUCUUGGCUCUUUUGCGGCAAUGCUCUUCUUCGUAAUCCCUUCCUCUUCCCCAGUCUGGUUUCUUGCUGCACCCCUGGCGAUUUGUGCGAACGUCGGCUUCGGGGCGUCCAUUGUCGCUCUCAACGCAUACCUCCCUUUUCUCGCACGCGGCACACACGAGGUCCUGGUAGCCGGGGCUUUGGGGGACGACACCCAGCUUGCCGCGGAGCCACUACUCCCGCAUGACACGCCGUCGGCUACGGAUUCUAACGUGCUUGCGGCCAAGCUUGCGCACGACAACGCGCUGUCCAGCGCGACAGCACGCAUUUCAGGACAUGGCAUCGCCCUCGGCUAUGCAGCGGGGAUCUUCAUGCUGCUGCUGGCCCUGAUCCCUGUCCGCGCGCUGGGCGGCUCUACAUUUGCCUUGCGGUUGGCAAUAGGUCUGAGUGGUGUCUGGUGGGCGGUAUUCUCUAUCCCAGCUGCUUUGUGGCUGCCUGGGGCCUCUGCUAUUGAAGCGCGGAGUCAAGAUACUGACGAGAUCGGGCAAGAGCGCGAAACGAAGUGGAGUGCCCGUAGGGAGAUCGCUGCUGCGUGGAAGCGACUCGGCGGUAUGCUAAGGUGGCGAGAAGUCAAGAAGCUGAGCAACACGUUCAAGUAUCUUGCCGCAUGGUUCCUUCUCUCAGACGGCUUCUCUAGCAUCUCCUCGACCGCUAUGCUCUUCGGCAAAACAAGCCUGAAUAUGCCGCCGUCCUCGCUUAUCGUUGUCGGCGCUCUAGCUCCCAGCGCGGGCAUCUUUGGGUCGCUCGUCUGGCCCAUCAUCCAACGCCGCAUGGGAUGGACCAACAAGCGCGUGCUUGUAAUCUUGCUGGUCCUCGCAUCUCUGGUCCCGGCGUACGGUUGUCUAGGCUUCCUGCCGAUCUUCCAGCACAGCGUCAAAUUCGGCGGACUGACGACUCCUGGGGAGAUGUUCGUGCUGGCAGUGUACUUCGGGUUCAUCCUCGGUGCUUUCCAGGGAUACGCACGGGCAUUCUACGCAGAACUCAUCCCGCCGGGCGAGGAAGCUCGUUGGUACGGCUUGUUCUCUAUAACGGACAAGUCGAGUUCCUUCAUAGGACCUCUCAUCGUCGGCCUUAUUGCCGACACGACAGGCAAUAUUCGUUACGCGUUCUUCUUCCUGGUUUUCAUGGUCUGGUCUGCUGUGCCCUUUUUGGCGGGUGUGGACGUCGAACGGGGCCGAGAAGACGCUAGAGCGUAUCGCUAUGGCUCUAGAUCAGCAUGAAGAUGUCUUCGAUGUACUGUAAAGUUUGAGGAUACAUUUGCAUGAUACAAUCAUCAUAUUUUAGGAAA